UAACAACCUGCAAACAGAAAACAGGACGGCAAAGUUACUGAAGAAGAUAUUUUACAACAAAUAGAAGUCUGUCAUUGUUAUCGCAGAAAUGAUUGAUUCCACAAGUCAGCUGUUAAGUGGAACAAAAUGUGAAGAAACGACAGAGAUUUUCUGGAACACCAAGUCCCAUAGCAUCAGUGAAGUAUGAGGAGAUAUAGAUGCAUGGGGCUCACAUGCACAGUGUCCUGAUGGUGAGUUACAACAAGUAGAACUCUUCAACAAAGAAAUGUUUCUAUGACAUUUUAAAGCCCGCCCAGGAGAAGUCUUUAUGGAGGCAAUAAUGCUACGAUGUCUGGGUCUGGUGUUCUGAGUUUCCCUCAGAACAUCGUCUCCAUCAAGCCAAACAGCAGCUUGAGCUCAGUCUGAUUGGAUGCAGAAAAUCUGCAAACAACAAUGUUAAGGUCUUGUCCUGGAUUCUCAGUUCUGUUUUGCUCCGGAUCUCGAUUGGCUCCGAUGAGAACCUCUCCGUUGUGUCUCUGGUUCUGCUCUCGACCACCACAAAGACGCAAAGUGAAAGUGUUGCAGAUCCACUUCCGGGACAGGAGGUUAAAUAACCGAAGAGUUUCAGAAGUCUCCCCGUACUUAAAAUGUAACUGUGUUCAUGGACGAUUUGGACCGACAUCGUUCGCUUUACAAAGGAACCACUCCGCCAUGGAAGGAAACUUACCGGAAGCGGUGUGUGGACCGGCUGAAGAACAGCCGCUCCAGGCUGCUGGACAGAUACCGGCAGAUGGGAGAUGAGCAGCCGCGGAGCAGCUCCAUGCCGUCCAUCAUCGUUCAGGAGGUGAUGGAGGAGGAAUGGAGCGCUCUGCAGCCUGAUAACCAGAGGCUUCCCUCACUAUGGGGCCCUCACGACGUGGCACAGAUGUUCAGUGUUAUGAAGGAGUAUGAUGAACUGGCGGUGCUGGAGGAAAUCCACCAGGAGCUCCUGUCUCAAGAGAUGUCUAUAAUUGACGAGUAUGAGAGGAACCUGCAGUUUGAGCAGCAGUACAUCUCCUCUAUGGUGGAGAGAAUGGAUGAGAUGCAAAUCAUUUGCCCCAUAUGUCACAUGAACAACUUGAGCAUCAACAGCCAUUUCAUCUCCUGCCUUUGUGGACUUUACAUCGAAACUAAGCAGCGGAACAUCAGUCCAGAUGUCCUGCAGCGCCUCCUGGAGGGCAGGGUGUCGGAGCACAUGCAGGACUGUCUGCACAGCCCGGUUUUCUCUGUGACUCCCAACACAGACAGCCACGCCUCCCUGAUGAUCAGCUGCCAGGCUUGUGACUACCUGUCUUUCGUCUUGUAGCAGCACUGCUGUCAGGAAUGCACAUGCGAAAUUUAAUUUUCAGUUCCUUUUUAUGCUUUGUAAAUGUUUCACAAAAUAAAGAAAUUUUAC